GAAUAUAAAAACCAAAAAGCACAAUUUCAAACGGGCCAGCGGUUUGACGGGCCCACAUAAGCGAUGAAAAACCCUAACACAACUCCGCCGGCAAGAGAAUGCGUCUGCAGUCGCACCUCAACAUGAUUCCGUUGACCUCUGUAAGCUCUGAAAAUUAUGAGUGUCACCAAUCAUUUAUCAUUGGGUGGGGAGGUAUUUUGGAAUGGUCAGCAUCGGAAGUCUGGUGUUGGUUAUGCUGCUCGCUACAACACUGAUAAAAUGGUUGCCACUGGACAAAUUGCCAGCACUGGAAUGGCCCUUCUAAGCUAUGUUCAGAAGGUAUCUGAUAAGGUUUCUCUGGCUACUGAUUUGAUGUGCAACUUCAACUCCAUGUCAAGAGACGUCACUGCUAGCUUUGGUUAUGACUACAUCCUUAGACAGUGCCGCCUUAGGGGAAAGGUUGAUUCCAAUGGCGUCUGUGCUGCAUUUUUGGAGGAGCGGUUAAACAUGGGUCUGAACUUCAUUCUUUCUGCCGAGCUUGAUCACAAGAAAAAAGACUACAAAUUUGGAUAUGGUUUGACUGUUAGGAGAAUAAAAUAGCAGGACUAGAGCUGUAUUUCCUUUUUCAUUAGCCAGCCUAGCCUAGCAAGUUUUCUUGCUUCAUUUUACUUGUUGUAGAUUUUUCUUUUUGGGAAAAAGAAAACACAGGAGGAAUAUAUCAUUUGUGUCGGCAAACAUCAUUUAAUCUACAAGUUGGCCUAAAAAUACUUCAAAUUUGUUGCCAUGUUUUCCCUGGAGGGAGAUGUAGAGUGAUAAUAGAUGACCAUGCAUAUUAUAAGAUUCAUUUCAACAUAAUGCUCGUGUUUGCUAAUA